AUGACGUCCCUCAUAGCAUCCCCGUCCACUGGUUCACGCCAUCCGGAGACCAACAAACCGCCAUCGCGGCUGGCUCUGGACGAGGAACAGGAACGCGAGCGCGGGCGGCAUCGCAGCCGAUCCCACGGCUCGCACGACAAGGAGGAGAGUGUCAGUGACACGCUGGGCGACGGCGAUGGUGAGGCCAAUGGGGACCAUGGUGAUCACAACGAGAACGCCGACAAUGCCGACAACUCGUCCAACUCCGACGGGCCGGCCCGUAAGCGCCGACGGAGCCGCAAAGGCCUUGACAAAAAGUUUGAAUGCCCGCACUCGGGCUGUGGCAAGAGCUAUUCGCGCGCCGAGCAUCUCCACCGACAUCAGUUGAAUCACACGCCGAAGCAGAUUUACAUGUGUGACUUUCCCGGCUGCGAAAGGCAUUUUGUGCGACUCGAUCUCUGUAAUCGACACCGAGACCGCCAUACCGCCAAGGGCUCGUCGCUGAACCGCAAGGACCCUCUGCCAGGGCUGUCUUCGCCAGCCCCUCAGGAACCGCGCACUCCGUUUGUCGGUGGGCCCGGCUCGACUUCGCCCGAGAGCCUUCGACCACGCCGCCCGGCCGCCCCAGCAGGACACAAAAUUCAGACGAGCGGUGGUCCGAUGGACUUGUCGCCCUCGGCCUUCAACAACAGCAUGCCCUUUUCGCCCUUGUCCGGCACACCCACCGGUAGCUUCUCGAACGGCUUCCCUCCGGCACCAGGAGGAGGCGACUAUACACAUGCGCAAGCGCACGCCGCUCAGGACCACCAGAAUGCCAUAUACGGUCACCACAACCACGGCGCCCAGACGCCCUCAACCCUCCAGAGACUCCGGCCCACAUAUCGGUCGCCCGCCAUCCCCCAGCGGCCAGCCAGUACCCAGAACAGCGACAUGUACGACGCCAUGUCCCCCACGAUUCCGCUCGCCCAGCCGCAUCAGCCGUCGCAUUCGCACCCCGCCGGUGGCUUCCACAAUAACAGCCAUCCAGCCGCGACGCCGCAGACCUCUGUCUUUGUGGCGACGCAAAAUUUCCCUGCGUUUGACCUUCCGCCAUCCAAUUUCGUGCCAAAUACCGCCACCGCAGCCAACAACAAUAACAACAACAACGGCACCAAUUCGACCAUCCCCGGCUCGGCACCACAUACGCCGACCACCGUCACCCGCGAUCCUCUGGCCGCCGCUGGCGCCGCAUUGCCCACGACGCCCGAUAACAACGGCAACAACAAUAACAACAACCCGCACUACUCCGCGGCUCACGGUGACUACGAUGCGAUGCCUGUACAGUCGGGCAGUGAAAUGAUGAUGCUAGACCAAAUGUCCAUGCCAAACACAAUGACCAUGUUCGGUGCCGACGUGCUGCAAAAGUCCCCGCACGUCGGCAUUCUUCCCGACGAUUUCAUGUUCUAUCUGUUCCACAAUACGCCCACCGAAGGUUCUCCGAUGCUAAACUACCAAAGUGCCUAUGGCGACGUCCCGACUCGGUAUGGCAUUGCCUACCCUGGCAACGACAUCUCGCAGCAAGGAUACUUCCCCGCGGCUCCACAGCAGGUCAUGUCCGUGACCAACCUGGUCGACCAAGAUCUGCCAGGCUCGUCCUUCCUGUCGGAGGAGAAGAGCCAAGAGCUGUUUGAGCUCAUCAAGGAGCGCUUCCAUGAGACCGGCCACACGCCCAUUGGCCGCCGCAACGAUCUUAUUACUGAUGGCGACCGCUCCAACGACUCGCACAUGCUCAGCCGCCACAUGAUGCAGGCGUACAUUGUGUCGUAUUGGAUUCAUUUCAGCGACCAGGUGCCCAUCUUGCACAAGCCGACCUUCUCGCCCGACCUUGCACCCGACCUGUUGCUGAUUGCCAUCAUCAUCAUUGGCGCCGCAUGCCUCGACAAGUCCCACAACCAGGAGACGAUCAAGGCGGGCGCGGAGCUGUCCAACUUUUUGGCGUGGCACCUGCGCUGGGAGCUCUUCAUGGACCCCAACUUCCGCCCGCCUGCCAAGCUCUGGGUCUUCCAGACGUUGCUGCUGCUCGAGCUGUACGAAAAGAUGUUCUCAACGCGGGAACUGCACGAGCGCGCCCACAUCCACCACGCCACAACCAUUACGCUGAUGCGCCGUGGCCGUUCCCUUAUCGGCAAGACCGCCGCCGAGUCCCCGCCCAACCCGCGCGUCGACGGCAGCGACAAGGACCAUACCUCGCGCCACUCGUCCACCUCGGGCGGCAUCUACACGCAGGACCAAUGGUGGAACAACUGGAUCACCAACGAGGCAACACGCCGCACCGCCUUUGCGGCCUUUGUCAUUGACUCCAUCCACGGCACCAUGUUUGGCCACUCCACCGUCAUGGUCGCCCACGAAAUGCGGCUGCCGCUGCCCUGCGACGACCGCCUGUGGAAGGCGACGAGCGGCAUGGACGUGACGCGGGCGGAGGCCCAGCUCGCGUCCGAGGGCACGCGCUCGAUUGCGUUUCUGGAAGGCAUCAAGAAGACGCUGAGCGGCGCCGAGGUCAAGACCAACGCCUUUGGCCGCACGAUCCUCAUGGCCGGCCUGCUCAGCGUCGCCUGGCACAUGCACCAGCGCGACCUGCAGGUCCACUCGCUGGGCGGCUCGCAAGGCCUCGGCGGCCGCGACAAGUGGCGGGGGACGCUGAACCGCGCCUUUGACUCGUGGAAGGGCGACUACGACAAGUCGCUGCGGCGCCGCGACAGCAGCGGGCAAGCCGUGGACCCGUAUGCGUACAACAGCGGGGGCGCCGGCGGCGACAGCGACAGCGACGUCAAUGUCGUCUUUGAAAGCCGCGUCGUCCUGCACCACCUUGCGCACAUGGCCACGCACGUCGACGUGGUCGACCUGCAGGUGUAUGCGCGGGCCAAGCGGCUGCUUGGCCGCGCCAUUGCCAGCCCGGACCUGGCCACGGUCAAGCGGCGCAUGAAGGACAUUUGGGCGCCCACGGCCAAGGCGCGCGACGCGACCUUUUACGCCAUCCAGUUCCUGUGCUCCGUGCUGUUGCGCAAUGAGGGCAACAGCCCGCUGCAAGUGGCUGCGGCCGUCAACGGCAGCGGCGGCGGCGGCGGCGGUGUCGGCACGCCUGCGGCGGUAUCCGAAAGUGAAGAAUCCACCUACUCGGCGCGGGACGACGUGCUGCUCAACCGGCCCUGGGUGCUGUACUUUGCGGCGCUCGUCGUCUGGAGCUACGGCUACGCCGUCGAGGGCGCGUCGCCCAGCACCCCCGUGCCCUCGACGUGGGCCGACCAGGUCCGGGAGAUGCGCGAGUACCUGCACCGGUUCGGCAGCAUCGCCUCGCCCGAAGACCUCAAGGCGCAGCGCGGCAUGAACCAGAACACAUCGCUGCUGCUGGUGCUGCAGAGCACCUUUAGCCGCGCGCGGUGGGAGCUCCUGCACGAGGGCGCCGCGCUGCUGGGCAACUGCAUCCAGCUCAACAUGGGGCAGAUGGAGUAG